GCAGCUCUCAAUAAUUUUUGAGCCGUAACUUCAGUUUGGAGAGCCGCGCUGAUUGUAUUCUAACUGAUAAAAGCUCAAGACUGAGGGAGGAGCGCUGUGACUAUAUUUCUCGUGUGGUCCCAGAUACUGAAAUCCCUGUUGGCUAAGGAAAAUAAUUCGGAAACCAUGGAUACAGACGCCGGUGAAGCAAGUGGAUCGGGAUAUGUUGGAAGAGAUACGGAAAAGGAUUGUGAUGAUGGAUUUGUUGAUGAAGACGAACUCUUUGAUGAGCUUGAGAAUGAGGACAUUCCAGCAAAUAUCCGAGAAGCCAGGAUAGGUCAGAUGAAGAGAGAAGCUGCAGCUGCCAGGGCAAUGGAAGACAAGGGGCUUGGUCUUUAUACUGAGAUAGAAAAGGAAGAAGAUUUACUGAAGAUGACGACCACUAUUCCUAAAGUCAUCGUUCACUUCUACAAAACAGACUUCAGAAGAUGUUGCAUUAUGGAUAAACAUUUAAAAAUACUAGCAGAGCAAUAUCGAGACGUCAAGUUCAGCAAGGUGUGUGUGGACAUAGUUCCUUUCUUCGUCACGAGACUCCAAAUUCAGGUCUUACCAGCUGUACUCCUGUUUAUUGAUGGAGUUGUUGCAGAUAGGGUUGUGGGUUUUGAUGAGCUGGGAAACACUGAUAACUUCACAACAGAUACCCUUGAAAAUAGGAUAGCAAAAUCAGAAAUCAUCAAGCCUCUGAACGCCGCUGGAUCCGCUAAUAAAACCAUCUUUGGGUUCGACAGGAGAAGAGAUGACAGCAGUGAUGAAGACUAUUGACGAAGCCUUCCAACAAAGAAGUAACCCUUCACAAAUAGUUGGCCUGUGUAGGCCUGUGUUCAUCAGCUCGAGAUUGCCAAAUAUCCCGCUGUUUCAAUUAUCCCGAUCGCAAAUUAUCCAGUUAAUUUGCGUCUUCAUCAGCUCGAAGUUGCAAUUAGCAGGGUAUUUUGUCGAGAUAAUCAUCCCAAAAUAUCUUGGGCUAAUUUGCAAAAUAUCCUGCUAUUUGUCUGGUGCGUCUUCACCACCCCGAAAGACUCGCACUAUUCGCGAACGUUGAGCAAAAUAUCUUGAGCUAAUUUCUCAAGGUCGAGUUUCAAGUUUCAAGGUCGAAUCUCGAGCUGAUGAAGACGCGAUUUUGUAACUUCAGGAUUAUUUCCCAAAUUAGAAAUAGUGGGCUAUUUGGCAAUCUCGAGCUGAUGACGAUAGGCCUAGUGGGAACAGAGGAUCAGAGAAACAGAGUAGUGACAGUUUGAGGGGAAUCAUACAAAAAAUAAGAAUGUUAUAAAGUUUUGAACACAAAUAAUGGAGAAAUUGGAGAGUUUUCAUGGUAUGUGAUGCCGUAUAAGUAUAACCAGUCUCCAAUGGUUUAUACAAAAAAGUCACUUUUGAUGAUAGGACAGUUAUUUCUUUAGACUUUUUGUUUUAUGCAUGCAUGGUUUGGUGCAGUAUGUGUGCAUGUGGGCUGUGGAUGCCUGCUUUAUUUUCACAUGCAAUACAAUCAUUUCCUGCUUGGUUCAAAGUCUAUUCUUUUGAUACGACCAAAAUAACAAAUUAAACUUUGACCUUGAGGUUGCUUGUUUUUGGUGGUAAUCAGUGUGUCACAUAUUUAUGAAGUGUGAAGUAUUUGCUCACUAAGAGCCAAGAAACUAAAAAAUAUUUAUCAACACAAUCUUGGCCUCCUUCAAGUACUUUGUUGAAAAACUAUGCAUUACCAAAUGUGGUGAAUGAAAACCAAUCAAUUUCAAGAAUUUAAACUUCCUAUUUACUUUCCAUCACAGUAUCUUUCACUUUCUAUUUCAGUUUUUACACUCAUUUUGUAUAUUUUGUCACAGAUGUGAGUGAAACCAGUACAUUCUUUAAGUAUAUUCGAACAUACAGUGUAAAUACUUUCCUCAAUUGAAAGUGUGUGUUUAUUUGUUGUUGUAUUUAUUUCAUAUAGUUUGUAAGAAUUUGUUUGCAUAUUUACACAUUUGGAAGUGGCUUGAAAUUACCUCCAAGAGGCUACAUCCAGACAUUUUGGGCAUAUUGGGGAUAGCGCGAAUUGGAUCUCUGUCACCUUUAUCAAGUAAAAUUUUCAGGCUGUUUCGUUUUGCUCAGUGAUCUUGCUCCUCUGGGGCUUGAGAACUUACACUCUUCUUUUUGUUGGCAUUACUGGCUGAACAGAUGUAUGGCGGGCAAGGUUGUUUAUAGAUAGCUUCACAUGUACAACGAAAAUAAGAGAAACAGAAUGGCCAAAGUUUGAAAUAAACCAUCAUAAGAAACCAAAAUAAGAGAUUUAUGAAUGUUUAGAAUAUAAGAUCACUAAUGCUAUAUGCCACUAGUGUCAAGAUUGACAGACGUGAGCGCUAAUGAACUUAAUAUGCACAAACACUUAAUUUCUGAUUUCUUUUUUUUACAUUUCUUUUGUGAUGUACUGAAUAUGUGUUUUUUUAAUGUACAUGUAUAUUUGUGUGGAUUGAUUUAAUAAAAUUGGCAAGAUAUCUAAAAUCUUGUUAUCAAUUAAACAAGGAA